GCUAGGGUUAGGGCAAUGGCGGAGCACGAGGAGGAGGAGGAGGAGGAGGAGGAGCAGCCGCUGGAGGAGGCCCGCAGGGAUGCAGUGUACGAUGUGGAUGGGCUGCACGAUAAGCUGGAAGACAUUGCGUGGGAUGGCGAGGUAGGGUGGAUCCAUUCCUUGUCCGUGUCCGUGCCCAUGGACGAGGGCGGCGUCAGUGUGGAGGACGACCUGGCCCGAGAGAUGUGCUUCUAUACGCAGGCGCUGGAGGGCGCCCGCGAGGCGUAUAGCCAGCUGCAGGAGCUGGGCGCUCCCUUUCUCCGCCCCAGCGACUACUACGCGGAGAUGGUCAAGUCGGACACUCACAUGCUCAAGGUCAAGGACCGGCUGCUGAGCGACAAGAAGCAGAUCGAGGAGGAGCAGGAGAGGCGCAAGGCGCGGGAGGCCAAGAAGUAUGCCAAGGAGGUGCAGGCCGAGAAGAUGAAGGAGCGGGCCAGGCAGAAGAAGCACGACUUUGAGAGCGUGAAAAAGUGGCGAAAGAUGCGCAAGGACAGCGACUUCACGCAAGGGGAGGACGACUUUCCUGUGGAUGCUCCAGAUGCCAAGCCAAAACGCAACGCGGCUGCUCCAUGGGACAGGUCCGGAGGGAAGAAGCUCGCUGGUCACAAGAGCAAGAGCAGGCAGCAGAGGGAUGCCAAGUUCGGCUAUGGUGGUCGUAAGGGCCUGAGCAAGAAGAACACGGCCGACUCCGCAGCAGGUGGGUUGAAGCGAUCUGCUAGGCCAAGCUCAGGUCCGCAGAGCUUCAAGAAGCAGAGGCGCAAGUAGUAGUAGUAACCAGUGAAUGUUUCUUAGCAGGCACAACUUGUUGCUCAUGCUCAUGCUUUGGUGUGGUGGCCAUGGGCGGUGACGAGCGCAUAAUAACUUGUCCCUGCCUUGAGCAGCUCCUGGUGUCGGCCGCUCUCCACUA